CUCUGCUCUGCAGAUCAAGAAUGCAUGGGGUUUUAAAUUAUUUCUCAUAUAUACCACACAUUCCAACAGAGAUGGUAAAUGUGUCUAUAUAUGUAUAAGAGAUGAGAAAUGUGAGAUCACUCAUAUUUUUCCUUAUCUAUUGUUGACACUUCCAAGUCAGAAUGUGGAAAAGGUGAAAAACAUUUCGAGGCGAAUGAGAUAAAUCGGCAGUGACAAUAGGAGUAGAGGUAGAUGGAUUGGUUAAUACAACUGUUUGCAAGUGUGGUGUUGUUGCUGGUGACGCCUUGUCAUCUGAUCAAACUAUGUGGGAGAAACUGUUGCAUUGUCGUCCUAACCUGCGUCGAGCUCCUCAGAAAUUCCAUCGCCCUCCACGUCAGCAUCUUCCGGAAACUCGCUUCUCUGGCACUAGCCACUGUGACGCUUCCCUUGCGCGCAAUAAACGCCCUCCAAAACGAAGGGCUGCAUGAGAUGCGUUUCCAAGAAAUGGAGAUGGAGUUGGAGAUGGUGAAGUGGGAGAAUAAGGGAAUGGAGAAACAAUUGAACAUGGCCAUCAAAGAACACAAAAUGACGGCUUUGAUGUUAAAUGAACUUGAAAACGAAUACAAUAAGGCAGUUGUCAGAAUCGAACAGCUCGAGGACGAGGUUCGGGGUCUGAAGGGAGAAAACCAACGGCUCAAGGAGAUUCGGGGCAAAGCCGGUUGGGGUCCAACGGAACCGUCGUUCUUGACGACCUCAAGCGGGCGUAAAAUGACACGACUUCCUGAGCCAUUGGGCCCCACAACAACGUUGCACGAACCGGCCCAAAUCCUCCUCCUCCAGCAGCACCACCACCACCAGCAAAGAAUAAGAAAAGCCGCGCUGAUGAGGAGCCUCUUCAGCGCGGCGUUGUCGGUGGUGGUGGGGACCACGGUGUGGGCGGCGGAGGACCCGUGCGUGCCGCUAGUGGGGGCCCUCUUCGCGGUGGCGGCCAUGUCUUUGAGCAGCGUCGUCCGGUUCUUGCUCGCCAUCAAGAACAACCCGGCGUCCGAGGCGGUGGCUCUCCUCAGCUUCAACUGGUUCGUACUCGGCACCCUCUCCUACCCGGCCCUGCCAAAGGUUGCUCUUUUCUUGUCUCCCAUGGUCCGCAACUUGUGGGGGAUGACAACCAAGUUCCUCUCAAACACUUUUGCAUGAUCUUAUGUUCCUCUGUCCAAAUCUCUUUAUUAUAAACUAUAAUAGCUGCUUUUCUUUUUCUUUUUUUUCCCCUCGAGUAAUUAAAAGAAAGGUUCUAUGUUGAACCAAGGGACUCUGGUUUAUCUAUGAUCACGGAGGUAUGUAAUUUACUUUUCACAAAUAAACUUUCAGUUCAAUA